UCUGCUACGACUGCCGACAUUUUGAGAAGGCGGAAGUUGUCACACUCGUCCUACACAGUUAUCCCCCUUGUACUUCCUUUUCCGCUAAACCUCCAACAUGUCGGGGUCACUGGUUAUACCCGAGAAGUUCCAGCACAUCUUGCGUGUGAUGAACACAAACAUUGAUGGACGAACAAAAAUUAUGUUCGCCCUUACAGCAAUUAAGGGUAUGGGUCGUAGAUUCUCCAACGUUGUGUUGAAGAAGGCAAAUAUCGACCUCACUAAACGUGCAGGAGAGCUUUCAGAUGAGGAGGUGGACAGGGUGAUCACAGUGAUGACGAACCCCCGUCAGUACAAGAUCCCAGACUGGUUUCUCAACAGACAGAAGGAUGUGAAGGAUGGCAAGUUCAACCAGGUGCUGGCCAACAUGCUUGACAACAAACUCCGUGAGGAUUUGGAGAGGCUGAAGAAGAUCAGGAACCACCGAGGACUCCGUCACUACUGGGGUUUGAGAGUAAGAGGUCAGCACACAAAAGAUCUCACAGGACGUCGUGGAAGAACCGUUGGUGUGGCAAAGAAGAAGUAAAAUUCCAAGAGCUCUGUAAAAUGUCAAAAUAAACAAGAAAAACUC